UUGUCCAGAGAAUCUCUCUUCAGUGCUUCACAAUGUCCAACACCAAGGAUUUGGCUUUGCUCUUCCAGCGCCCUUACGAGCCCAUCUUCGGCGUGAAGAGUGACGAAACUGGUAAGGUGAGGGUGGAUGUACCACCAGAUUACUACACUGAGAAGUACCAGGAUGUCUCGACGGAGAUCCAGAGUCGUUUCGGCGAGGACGAUGUGAACCGGACAGUACCAGUGUCAUCACGCGCUCCGCCAAAUCUUGACUUUGCCGAGGAGUUGCCCAGGAAGAAGCCUUUCUGCCUCUUCAAUCGAAAGCACACACAAAUUGCCGGACGCUUGAUUGAGAUUUUCUUGGACGCACCAGAUACGGACACUCUCUUUUCGUACGCUUCUUAUGCUCACGAUCGCGUAAAUCCUCAAAUGUAUCAAUACUCAUUGUCUGUGGCUAUGCAACACCGCGCUGAUACGCAAAACACGCCGAUUCCAUCAGUGGCUGAGACCUUUCCCAAUCAGUUUGUGGAUCCCGAAGUUCUUCCUCAAGCUCGUGAAGAAAAUGCCUUCGUUCCUGAUGGCGUGAGGCGUCCCAUCGUCAUUCCGCCCAGUUACACAGCUUCUGAACGCGAGGAAGAACAGCGAUUGGCGUAUUUCCGUGAGGACAUUGGCGUGAAUCUUCAUCACUGGCAUUGGCAUCUUGUCUAUCCCGGUGAUGGACCGGAGCGGGUUGUUCGCAAGGAUCGUCGAGGAGAGCUUUUCUACUACAUGCACGCUCAAAUCAUCGCUCGUUACAACAUUGAGCGUCUCUGCAACCGUUUAGCCCGAGUGCGACGCCUAAACAAUCUUAGAGAAGCUGUUCCGGAAGGAUAUUUUCCUAAGCUUUCUCGUUCUUCCAACAAUCAAACUUAUCCACCAAGAUUCGCAGAUGUUACUUUAAAAGAUAUCGACCGGCCUGAAGACAAUACUCAGGUGCAAAUUUCUGACUUGGAAGGAUGGCGUGAUAGAAUCUUACAGGCCAUUGAUCAAGGAUAUGUUGAAACGCCAUCAGGUCAGAGACUUCAAUUGGACGAAUCGCGUGGUAUAGAUUUACUUGGAGAUAUGAUUGAAGCUUCAAUCCUUUCUCCGAAUCCUCGUUUAUACGGAAAUCUCCACAAUAUGGGCCACAACGUGAUCGCCUACAACCAUGAUCCAGACAAUCGAUUCUUGGAACAGUUUGGUGUUAUGGGAGAUGUGACCACAGCCAUGAGAGAUCCAAUCUUCUACCGCUGGCACGCUUACAUCGAUCAGAUCUUCCAGAAGCACAAGAACACUCUGCAACCCUACACUCCCAACGUUCUAUCAUUCGAUGGGGUGACUGUUCAGUCAGUCGCUUGCCAAAUGACUCAGCGAAACACACCAGCCAAUGUGAUCUUGACAUACUGGCAACGAGGAGAACUCAAUUUGGGUGCUGGUUUGGACUUUGGCCCACAAGGAAAUGUUUUCGCCCAAUUCACUCAUCUUCAGCAUGCUCCGUUCUCCUGGAGAAUCACGGUUAACAAUGACUCAGGCGCUACUCGUCAAGGAACCUGUAGGAUCUUCAUGUGCCCGAGGACUGAUGAACGUGGAAUGCCUUUCACAUUCAGGGACCAGCGAGUUCUCAUGAUCGAAAUGGAUCGCUUCACCGUGAAUUUGAGUCCUGGAGUGAACACCAUCAAUCGUCGAGAUGAAGAGUCUAACGUGACAAUCCCUUACGAUCGAACCUUCCGCAACAUUGGAACUGCUGCCAGGCGUCCGUUAGGUCAGGAUCAGUUUAACUUCUGCGGUUGUGGCUGGCCUAAUCAUCUUCUGGUGCCAAAAGGCUCUCCAGAAGGCUUCACCAUGGAUACUUUCGUCAUGAUUUCCAACUUCAAUGACGACACAGUCAAUGAAAACAUCGAUGCAAGUGACCAGUGCAGCGAUUCUUACGCCUUCUGUGGCAUUCGCAACAAAUUGUACCCUGAUCGCCGGGCGAUGGGCUUCCCAUUCGACAGGAACAACCAAGCCAGAACUCUUCAGGACUUUGCAAACCAGACUUCUAACAUGGGAGUUGGUGAAUGCAGUGUUCGUUUCACAAACACUUACGUUGCUCGCACUUAAAUGGAUUGGAUUAUGAUGACAUAGACAUUUUGGCAAUGACUUUGGCAAACUCUUGCAUCUUUUAUGUUUAUUCUGCACAAUUCUAAUGCUUUUAUUAUUAUAUUCUUCAAUUGCUUUAUUCUACGCAU